AUGGCGUGGACGCCGGGUGGAAAUGGCCGUGCCGCGACCCCUACAGUGUUUGAGCAGCAGCGGGAGGAACUAGUCCGCGACAUUGCCGUGAUUGCAGGGAUGGAGCAGGUGCUCCAGAACAUAAAUCGGUUGAAUCGGAACUUGGAGAGUAUCAUUACGGUGGGCAAUGAAUUCGGGUCCGUCGAAGCGCUCUGGUCGCAAUUCGAAAAUUUCAUGGGGCGACCGGACGACCAGAACGAAGAAGCUGGUGGUGCGAAGCGAAAGGUCAGUGGCGAGGGCCAGGGCCAGACAGACGCAUAUGAAGAGGGCGAGUCUACGGCGAGUCAAUAA